AUGCACCGAGAGAGGGCUGAAUGUAACUGUCAAGUCCAUGGUUUUGCGGGGGCUAUUUUCAAAAAGUUUGCAACGCUGUGUGAAGCUGAAGAGUUUCUCAAGAAUGCCUCAGGAGGUGCCGGAAAUUCAUCCCAAAAGCGCCUGCUCUCGAGCAAUAGCUUUCAAGAAAAUUGCGAACACUCUGAUUUGCCACUGAAAAAGAGUAAGAGUGCUAGGCUCGUGGCUUCAUCUGCGGUUGAUAGUUUGGUCCCAGUCGCAUUCAUGCAUGACCUUCACGAAGCCGACAAGGUGCUUGUAUAUACCGAUGGUUCUUGCAAGGGCCCACCCGAUGACCGUAGAGCGGGUAUUGGCGUAUUCUGGGGCACCGAUCAUCCCUGGAAUGUCUCGGAACGAUUAAAAGGACGCCAGACCAACAACCGAGCCGAAAUUGAGGCAUGUGUCAGAGCUCUUCAGCAAGUAAAUUCAGCUGGAAUCCAAGGUGUGAAGAUAGUUACCGAUAGCAUGUUCACACUUAACUGCGCCACUGUGUGGUACUUGAAGUGGCAAAAGAACGGCUGGAAGCUAGCCAAUGGGAAACCGGUGCUUCUGAAGAAGGACAUUCAGCGGCUGGUUGAACAACUCGAUACUCCUGAUCUCCACGUUUCCUGGUGUCACUCACCCGGACACCAAGGCAAAUGGGGCAAUGAACAAGCCGAUCGGCUAGCUGAUGAGGGUGCCGACCUACCUUACACUUACAAAGAAAACGACGAUCCCGAUGCUACUGAUGUGGAUUUUACCGAGGCAGAUAUCACCUCACUUCUCAUUGGCUUCGGAAUGGCGGAAACGUACGCAGUGCUGAAGCGUAACACGAAGCCCUACGAGGGUCAAAAGCCUGGUACCUCUGGACUACGCAAGCCCACCAAGACCUUCAUGCAGCCGAACUAUGUGGAAAACUUCGUACAGGCCUGUCUCAUCGUGGCAAAGAAGUACCAGAAGCCUAACACUCAUUUUCGUCUUGUGCUUGGUGGUGAUGGACGUUAUUUUCUCAAGGAAGCCCUCCUAAGAGCCAUAGUUCCUGUCUGUGCUGCUAAUGGGGUGGAGGAGGUGAUGAUUGGAGAGAACGGCAUUCUCUCCACACCCGCUGUCUCCACUAUCAUUCGACGAUACGGCACAACUGGAGCCUUUAUCCUGACCGCUAGUCAUAAUCCAGGUGGUCCAGAUGGCGAUUUCGGUUUUAAGUACAACAUUGAGAAUGGCGGACCGGCCACAGAGACAAUCACCAAUGAGGUUUACCAAAUCACGACCACAAUUAGUGAGUACAACACCCUAGAACAUCCACUGCCCGUGGAUUUGAGCAAGCUGGGGUCAACAGAUUAUUGCCUGAAUAAUGGGAAGACUUUCAAGGUGACUGUCAUAUCGAGUACGAAGGACUACAUCACAUACAUGAAGGAGAUUUUCGAUUUCGAUCUCAUCAAGAACUUCCUCAAUGGAGCCAAUGGCGAACCGCCCUUUAAGGUCCUUGUUGAUGGUCUCAGUGGAGUUACUGGACCGUAUAUCAGGGCGUUGCUGAUGGACAACUUCGGUUUGCCUGAGUCGUCCACGCUGGACUGCACACCACUGCCUGACUUCGGAGGUCAUCACCCAGACCCCAACUUGACCUACGCUGCAAAGUUGGUGGACGCGGUGCGUGCGGACAAGACGAUCAGUUUGGCGGCUGCCUUUGACGGUGACGGUGAUCGCAACAUGAUCAUUGGUCAGGCUGGAUUCUUUGUCUGUCCCUGCGACUCCCUUGCGGUGAUUGCAGACAAUGCGAAGGCAAUCAAGUAUUUCGCUAAAAACGGGACCAAGGGCUUUGCGCGUAGUAUGCCCACCUCGCCUGCUGUGGAUAGAGUGUGUAAGGUGAAGAACAUGCCUGUUUUUGAGACACCAACUGGCUGGAAGUUCUUUGGCAACCUCCUAGACGCCGAUAUGGCCUCGGUGUGCGGGGAGGAGAGCUUCGGUACGGGCUCGAACCACAUUCGUGAGAAGGAUGGUAUCUGGGCCUUCCUCUGCUGGCUCUCCAUCCUCGCCUCUCGUCAGGCUGAGGGCAAGUCGCCCAACGUUCGUGAUGCUAUGCGCGAGCACUGGAGCAAAUAUGGACGGGAUUUUUUCACUCGUUAUGACUACGAGAACUGCACAGAAGAGCAGGGUAAGCAGGUAAUGGAACGUGUGAAGUCCUUGCUAGCCGAUCCUGAAUUCGUGGGUCGCACGUACACUACCAACUCGGGGGCCUGCUUCAAGGUGCUCAGUAUUGACGAUUUCUCCUACACCGAUCCAGUUGAUCAUUCCGUCUCCAAAAAUCAGGGCAUUCGCAUAAUGCUGAGUAACGAGACGAGAAUUGUCUUCCGUAUGAGUGGAACCGGCAGCUCUGGGGCGACAAUUCGUAUCUACGUGAACACCUUCUCUGCCGAUCCGAAAGCCCAUGACCUUCCGGCUACAACUUACAUGGCACCGCAUAUCGAGUUGGCUCUGGGGUUGUGCGGCAUCCAAUACUUCACAGGACGCACCCAGCCCACAGUUAUUACCUAG